AUAGAAGUCGAGCAGUAUCGAAUCAGUAUAGCAAGUGGAUUAAACCCGCAACCAUGAAAUUCCUGAGCAUUCUACUGGCCCUGUGCCUUUUCUUGGCCCUCGCCAUAUCGCCAAUUCGCAGCGAAGACGUUGAAAAAGAAGGAAGAGCAUUCUGUCCCUGCCCCAGGAACUUUGACCCCGUUUGUGGCACCAACCGGCAGACCUACCCAAACCGAUGUGAAUUCGAUUGUGCCCGACGCAGUUUUGAACGCCAGGGACGCAGCAUGUCAGUAUUGAGAACCGGCACCUGUUGAUCUGUGGAUUCCCUUAACAUUGCCGUAAAACAAACCAAAGAAACAUCCAGAAAAUAUAAAAUCAAAUAAAAUAAGUGCCUUGUAUUAAUCAUCAACGUGAAAAAUAUAGAAAUAAACCAGCUUAUCAGCCAGAGCAUUUGGCACUGCAA